CUUUGUCACAGGUCGUCCUCUAUCUGCAACAACCAUGAGUAAAAAUCCAUCAUAACUGACAACAGUUAACUCUGUUGAAAUGACCACUGCAGUUUGAAUCAGAGUGGAAUGGCUGAUCUGAUUCUAGAGACACAUUCGGCUUCAUUUCUACAAACUCCAUCCAGGUGUGAGGGAGCUGACACAUGACCACGAGCUUAUAUUAGAGGGAAUAAUCAUCUGACACAAACUUCAUCGUCAGCUUGUAGUCCUGCCGCAGGCUGCUUGUUAACUUCCUCUGUCCUGUCUCUAGAUGGGGCCCUCCACAAAACCUCUGUGUGUGCGUGUAAGUGAGCGCGUGCGUCCGUUUCAGUUUUCCAAGCUCGCUCCUUCUCAGCGCGAGGACAGAGGCCACUUUGGGUUGAGCACCUCAGACGGAGCCGCGCGGCUCUCGACGCCUCUAUCGGACUGAGCUCUGGGGAGGAACGCGGCUUUGUUUUCUCUGAACCCGCAUCUGGUCCGCACCUUCAUGCGCGACUCCUCCGCGACCUGGAAAGUGCGCUGUCUGUCCUGGCCCAGCUGCUGACUUGGAAAACAACAAGAGGAGAAGAUCCGACAGGAGAAGCUCUGCUCAUAAAACUGGAUGAAACGUUGAUCAGUCUUGUCGUUGAUAUUCUCCUGCUGACUCGCGCGGCUGAAAACUAACGCUAUGAGCGCGUUCCUGAGGAGCUGGAUCUGGAUGCUUUUCUUGUUUCCAAAUCUGAGAUGUGACGCUGAUCCAGGUCCGUCAGCAGAUACAGAUGGUCUGGCUGAAGCUCAGAGUGGUGCUGCACCUACAGCCGAAGGUUAUUUCCUGGAGUUCCAGGAGCCAGUCAACAACAUCACCCACUUUCAGGGCCAGACAGCCACCCUGCACUGCAAAGUAGCAGGAAACCCACGACCCUCCAUCCGCUGGCUUAAGAAUGACGCCCCUGUGGUCCAGGAGCAGGGACGCAUAACCAUCCGCAAGACAGAGGCAGGAUCAAAGCUACGCAUCCAGGACCUGGACACCACCGACACCGGCUAUUACCAGUGUGUCGCUUCCAACUCAAUCAAGGUCAUCUCUGCCACAGGUGUCCUGUAUGUCAAGCUAGGACAGAUGCCCACACAUGGCCCCGAUGAACCGUCACAUGAAAAAGGUUUUUGCCAGCCAUACCGGGGCAUCGCCUGUGCUCGCUUUAUCGGCAACCAGAGCAUCUAUGUUGAGUCCCUGCAGAUGCAGGGGGAGAGUGAAAACCGCAUCACAGCUGCUUUCACAAUGAUUGGCACCUCCACCCACCUAUCGGAUCAGUGCUCCAGGUUUGCUAUUCCAUCCUUCUGCUACUACGUCUUCCCUCUGUGUGACGAGGGCUCUCGGGGCCCUCGGCGGCGUCAGCUUUGUCGAGAUGAGUGUGAGGCCUUGGAGAAUGACCUGUGCCACGCCGAGUACACUAUUGCCCGAUCCAAUCCUAUGAUCCUCAUGCAGCUGAAACUCCCUAACUGCCACCUGCUGCCACGGCCAGGCACACCUGAUGCUGCUUCCUGUAUGAGGAUAGGCGUGCCACCAGAAAAACUAGGUCCAUAUUCCCCCUCUGACCACAUCUGCUACAAUGGAAGUGGGGCUGACUACAGGGGUACAGUCAGCAUCACUAAAUCUGGCCACCACUGCCAACCGUGGAGUGCUCAGUACCCUCACAGUCACCAUCUGUCCCAGGAAUACCCAGAGCUCUGGGGAAGUCACAACUUCUGCCGUAACCCAGGAGGCCAGAUGCAGGCACCCUGGUGCUUUACCUUGGACCCUCAGGUCAGGGUGGACUUGUGUGACAUCCAGCCCUGCAAGCCACCAGAGAAUCCCAGGAAGGAGAUCCUCUUCAUUCUAAUCCCUGCUAUUGCCAUCCCAUUGGUCAUCGCUUGCCUCUUCUUUUUGGUUUGUAUGUGUCGUAAUAAGCAAAAGGCUUCAACUGACACACCACCUCGCUGCCAGCUCAGCAGCUCACCCAGCCAGGAUAUGGAGCUGUCUCUUCUCAAUCAGCAAAAACACCAGGCCAAGCUGCGGGAGAUUAAUAUGUCAGCAGUACGGUUCAUGGAGGAGCUUGGAGAGGAUCGGUUUGGCAAGGUUUACAAGGGCCACCUGUAUGGAACCACAACUGGUGAACAGACCCAGGUGGUGGCCAUCAAGACAUUAAAAGACAAAGUUGAUGCCACUCUCUGUGAGGAAUUUCGCCAUGAAGCCAUUCUCCGCUCUCACAUACAGCACCAAAAUGUAGUUUGUUUGCUGGGUGUGGUCACCAAAGAGCAGCCAAUGAACAUGAUAUUCACCUACUCCAGCCUUGGUGACCUGCAUGAGUAUCUGGUGAUGCGCUCCCCCAACUCAGAUGUUGGCAGCUCUGAUGAUGACAAGACAGUCAAGUCCACUCUCGAGCAGGCUGAUUUUCUUCAUGUUAUCACCCAGAUUGCUGCUGGAAUGGAGUACCUUUCUGCCCAACAAAUAAUCCACAAAGACCUUGCUGCCCGAAAUAUUCUAGUCUUUGACAAACUCAGCAUCAAGAUCCUGGAUCUGGGCCUGUUCAGAGAUGUCUAUUCGGCUGAUUACUACAAUCUCAUGGGUACAAGCCCUUUUCCCAUACGUUGGAUGUCUCCAGAAGCAAUUAUGUAUGGCAAGUUUUCCACUGACUCCGACAUCUGGUCUUACGGUGUGUUGCUGUGGGAGACUUUCAGUUAUGGUCUGCAGCCAUAUUGUGGCUACUCCAACCAGGACGUUAUCGAGAUGGUCCGCAACCACCAGCUACUGCCUUGUCCAGAUGACUGCCCGGCCUGGAUUUACACCCUUAUGCUGGAGUGUUGGAGUGAAUUCCCAGCAAGAAGGCCUCGCUUCAAGGACAUCCACACACGUCUGCGCUCCUGGGAGAGUCUGUCCAACUACAAUAGCUCUGCUCAGACUUCUGGCACCAGCAACACUACCCAGACCAGCUCUCUCAGCACAAGCCCUGUUAGUAACAUCAGCAUGAGCACAGCAAAUGCAUCACGCUAUACCAGCCCUAAAAAGAGCUUGCCAUUCCAUCAGCCCCAGUUCAUGCCCAUGAAGGGUCAAAUACAUAGGCCAGUGGUGCCCCCACAGCUCUACAUUCCUGUCAAUGGAUAUCACCCCAUGUCAGCUUACCCAUACCUGCAGAACUUUUACCCCAUGCAGAUACCCAUGGCCAUGCCCCACCAGCAGAUGCACCACCCACCACAACUGGUUACCAAAGCAGUUUCUCACCAUAGUGGCAGUGGUUCCACAUCCACAGGCUAUGUCACCACUGCCCCUUCCAACACUUCUGUCACAGAGCGAGCAGCUUUACUAAACGACAACUCCAAAACCAAUGAUGAGGACUUGGCUGACAGGGUGUCCCAGGAAGAGCUUGACCAAAAUGAGGACUUGUCAGUGCCUGAAACAGAAUUGUUAGGUGACAGUGACCUCCCACAGACUGAUGAACUGGUGGUCCACUUGUCAGACACAUAAGUGUGGUGAUGUCUGAAGGACAGUAGAGUUAAGAUAUUCUGUGAGCUCUGCUUGCUUGCCAAAAAUUCAAAGAGCAGCAUAAAAGGAAAGGAGGGAUUUUGCAGAACUGUGACUGAAUGUUUUUUAUGAGUUUAUUAGAUAGUACUGACACAUUUGAAUGUCAAAUGUGUCUCACAUUUGUACCUCUUACAGGCCUGUCAAUGAUUCAGCAAAAUGAAUGAAGCAAUCUUUAUUCACCAGAAUGCCUUAAGGGUGAGAUUCAUGCCCCCAACACCCACCCUUCCACCACAGAUGCCACACCCCUCUUUAUAGGUACCCAAACACUCCAGUUGGAAUAGUCUCACCCUCUUCACCUCACCCACUUAAAAUGCUAGUUAUGUUUGUUGGAAUGUACAACCAAGCCAGAGGUAUUGCUACCAGAACUGAGAAAUGCAGUGUUUUCUUGUGCACAACUUGCAACUGCAUCCCUUAUAUUGUAAUGUUGUUUUUGAGACAUAGAACAACAGAAUGUAUGAUGGCUAAAAAUAUUGCGGGAGAUUUGAAACUAUCUUUGUUAAUGAUUGAAUUCACUAAGAUAUAUUUUGUAACUAACUCGAUCAAACUUUAGCUUCAAGAAUAAGAACAAAGAAUCUUGUUGAAUCUCAUUUGUGACGCCACUGACAAAGGUUUUAUGCCUCAUGUCAUGUGUCCCAUGAGGCUGAUACUUUUUAUAACAACUUUGAUAACCAAGUUGUACAGAUUUGUAAUUUAUGUACGUUGGUUUGAACAUUUUAUUUGUUUAUAGUUUUUCUUGGUGACAAUUUCUCAGCCUAGUGUUAAUGUGAUGUCCUUUUUACCCCAUUUGCUUGUUUAAGCUGGUUUUUGCUUACCAUAUAUUGUGUACAUCCAUCUGUGGAGUAUCCAAUAAAGUUUGAAUAAAAUCAUGUAUUUCCCCUUGGUAAGAGAAGAAAAUAAUGUGUUAUUACUUGUUGAUUGUGUCUGUCAUUAAAUGUACACUGUAGAGGCAAGUUACACUAUACUUUGUAGUGAAGCAAUACCGUACAUUAAUUGCUGAUAUUAAUAAAAGAAUCUAAGGGAUCA